CCAACUUACCAUGUACGAAAUCCGCUUCCUGCGGAGGAGCUGCACAGAAUCGCGUCUCUUCCCACUCGACAGAGAGAGAUGACAUCGGGAAUGGAGAUCAGCGAGAAGAUGAAGAUGAAAGCAGUGCUUGCUAUCGUAUGCUUUGGUGCAAUAUCCGUAUUCUUCGCAGCGUUUUAUCGAAGGCGGUUGAAAGAGGAGGAGAGGAAUGCUGGAAAUGAUUGCUGCUUCUCAGACCUUGAAAAUAAGCCCCAGAACAGUUUUAAACGGGUCUUGGCCGACAAUUCAUACACUCCUUUUAAGCAUCUCAAGCGAGAGGAAGGAGAAGAUGGAUAUUCGAGGAAUGUGAUCAAAUAGAUCAAAGAUUGCCAAUGCAAUGGAGACGAUAAUGAAAUUGAUGAAGCAUUUGAUAUUGUCUAUUUAUUGCUACUUUCUUUCUCGUUUGCACCAGUCAAUGAACUCUUAGGCAGAUACCUUAGCUAAUGACGCUGUGAAUCUAAGGGAGCUUUUGAUCACUGAAUGCUUGUGAGGGCAGUAGCAGCGGGAAUGGUCCCUUUCAGCCUGUGCUAGUUUUGCAGAAAAAUCAACGAAUUUACAUCCGUAUGAACAUGAGAUCACAUUUUUGUUGGAGCAUCCUCCACCACUAAACUUUGUUAUUAGAAACAAGCACUCAGAUAUGGGUGGUUCUUAUAUUUGGGUAAGCACCAAUUCCCAGCUAGAGGAGCUUGCAGAUAUACUGAGUAAAGAACAAGUCUUUGCCGUUGAUACAGAACAACAUAGUGCACGUUCGUUCCUAGGGUUUACUGCUCUAAUGCAGAUUUCUACUGUGAAAGAAGACUAUCUGCUGGAUACAAUUGCUCUGCAUGAUGUAAUGGGCAUUCUUCGCCCUGUUUUUGCAAACCCUUCUAUUUGUAAGGUUUUUCAUGGAUCUGAUAAUGAUGUCCUUUGGCUUGAAAGGGACUUUCAUAUAUAUGUUGUAAACUUAUUUGAUACGGCAAAGGCAUGUGAGGUGCUAUCAAAACAGCACAAGUCAUUGGCAUAUUUGCUUGAAACAUAUUGUGGAGUAUCUACCAACAAAAUGUUACAGCGCGAAGACUGGAGACUGCGUCCAUUGUCAGUGCAGAUGGUACAUUAUGCUCGUUCUGAUGCUCACUAUUUAUUGUAUAUUGCCAAUUGUUUGGUCGAGGAGCUAAAAAAGAAAGGCAUUGAGAAUUCAGUUUGUCCCAAUGACAAAUUGAGUUUUGUUCUCGAGGCUAGCCGUCGUUCGAACAUGGUCUCUUUGCAACUUUAUGCAAAAGACAGUGAGGCUUCUCCUGGAGAUUCUGCUGCAGCAUCUAUAAUUUCGAGGUACUUGCAUGUUCAAGGAGGUACCUGGAAAAGCUGUGAAACCACAGAACUUGUGAGGAAAAUGUGCACAUGGAGAGAUCUAAUGGCCCGGAUCCAUGAUGAAAGUUUGAGAUUUGUAUUAUCAGAUCCAGCCAUUGCUGCUCUUGCAAUGAUAGUUCCAAGGACUACAAAAGAAAUAUAUGACACCAUACUGCAAGCUGAUUUAGGUGUUGAUUCUUCAUGCGUCGGUCCUUCCCUGCCAUCCCCCUCUCCUAUUGCUUGCAGUCAUUUGGAGGACUUGUUCAAUCUCCUCCAAGAAGACACCGGUGAUUCAGAUGAGUUUUUCAGAAGAAUUAUUCAAAAACAUCUAGGGCCAAAUGGGAUGUGCCAAUUAUCUGCUUAUAAUUAUGCCCUGUUAUCCAAAUUAAGUUUGAAACUAACAAAUAGGUUAGUUUCCAAGCAAAAUGGAGGAAAACCAACAAAACAGGCCAGUCGAAAGGCUUCCCGCGAGCUUUUUGUACAAAAAUUCUCUUGCAAAUCACCUGUUUAUCACAAUUGCAGGAUUUAUGCAAGUGAUGGUAGGCUGCUUUGUUAUUGUGAUCGGAGAAAGCUUGAGUGGUAUCUUCGACGGGAUUUGGCAAAGCUUGUUGAAGAGGAUCCUCCAGCUAUAAUGCUUCUUUUUGAACCCAAAGGCCGUCCAGAAGAUGAAGAUAAUGACUUCUACAUUCAGAGCAAGAAAAACAUGUGUGUUGGCUGCGGCGAAGGGAACCACUAUUUACGUUACAGAAUUAUACCCUCAUGCUACAGGCUGCAUUUUCCUGAGCACUUGAAAAGUCACCGCUCUCAUGAUAUCGUCUUACUUUGCGUGGACUGUCAUGAAAUUGCUCAUUCUGCUGCAGAGAAGUAUAAGAAACAGAUAGCAGCAGAGUUUGACAUCCCGCUUUUCAUUCAAAAAGUAGUUGAUCAAGGAGAAUGUCGGAUACCUGAGACAUCGGGAUUUACUGGGAAUCAUGAGGAAGCAGGAGUAUCUCCUCUACAGUUACGAACAGCAGCUAUGGCACUUCUACGCCAUGGAUCGAGAUUACCAUCAAAACGGCGUGAGGAACUGAUACUGAUUGUUAGAUCCUAUUUUGGAGGGAGAGAAGUGUCAGAUGAAGAUUUGGAAACUGCUUUGCUUGUUGGUAUGAGUCCUCAAGAGAGAAGACGGCUUGAGAAGAAAAGAGGGUUACACAUCAAACAUCAUGAGGGGGAUAACCUUUCAAAGAACUCCCAUGAGAAUAAUAUUGACAGAGAAAGCAUGUCUGCUAUUGCAGAAACAUCUAAAAUGUCUCGCUUGUGCAUUUUUAAAGAACCAGAUUGCAGUAAACCAGAAGAUAAAGAUCUUCCUAAGGGUAUGGAUGCUUGUGCAAGAGAUACGUCUACCUGUUCUGAUUUAGGGGAGGAUUCAUUAACUGGUGUCGAGGAGAACUUCGAUAAAAUAAAAACAUCUGGGAACAGACACGUUAGACUUUUGGAUGCUGAUCAUGAUAAGUUUGGAAGUAGAAAGCUACCAAAUGGAACUAGUGAAUCUAGUCCUUCCAGAUCCAAUGGAACUGCCUCAUCUAAAUAUGGCCCAAAGCUGUCAUUGUUGGGACAUGGACCACAUGGGAAACAAGUUGUGGAACAUCUUCUAAAGGAGUAUGGGGAAGAUGGCAUUCGUCAAUUUUGCCAAAGGUGGAGACAAGUCUUUGUGGAAGCCAUACAUCCUCGUUUCUUACCAUCUGGUUGGGACGUAAUGCACAGCGGGCGACGGGAUUUUGGUGAAUACAGCGUUUACAAUCCUUCCAAGAGAGCUUCAAACACAAUCCAGGUUGAGCAGAAAUUCAGUCCCUCUGGAAGGGUAUAUGAAUGCUCCAAUGACGAAAAUCUCAUUAUACCAUGCCAUGCACUCACUUGAGAACGUUGAGAACAUUAACUUUGUAUUGUUUUGAUCUCUUCCAAAUUGUGUUACGGAAAGUAUACACAACUCCUCGAUUACUUCAUGGUAUUCCGAAAAAAAGAAGAGAAGGAAAGGAAAAAGAGGACAAAAGAGCCACCAAUCCAUGUUUUUAUCUUUUGUAAGAGUUAGGUUAGCAUAACCAAGCAUUGGGUUACUUUUUAACCCUCUUAUCACUUGAGGCAUGUUAGGGAGUUCUUGGGUUCAUUUGACUGAGGUGUAUAAUUAAUUUGAAUGAAAUGUUCUUGCUUAAUUUUCUACAUGCCAAAUGAACACCUGAAUUCAUGGUAUUCCAUAAUGGUAACUGUGGCCGUGACAGCCACCACCAAUACCGUUAUAUUUAAAUCCUUCAUUGGACCCAUGGUGGACAGUAAUGCCCGUUACAGGA